AUGAACAACGACCUGAGUCUCUCCCGAGCCCUUGGCGGCCUGCGGAUAGCCAAUCCAGACGAUGCCGACCCCGGUCCUUCGAGAGAGCCCUCGACCGAACCUGACGAGUCCUCGGCCGCCAUCGAUUCUGCACCCCAGCUCGAGUCUCACACCAGACCGAGCAGAAGCCAGACAGCUGAAUCGUCGGUGAUGCCCACCCCCGGCCUAAGUCCUGAACCAUCGAGCCAACUCCACGCCUAUCCACAAAACGGCGCCCCUGCCUAUCCGAAUUCCACCUCCCGCCCCGGCUCUGCUCUCUACACCUCCGCGGAGCGAGACCAGGCUGCCAACUCAUACAACCUCCUGCGGACGGAACCAUCGAGGUCUUCCAUGUUCAACAUCCCCACCCGGACCGAUUCGAGAUCUGGGCCCUCCUACUCCGCAGACCCCGGCAGUAUUCCCACGCGGGAGACAAGCCACCGCGAACGAUCAUACAAUCCGAACCGGCAGGUGCCCUUGCCAGCAGGAAGCGGGCCCCUCCCUCCUAGGAGGAGCUCGAAAGGUAUGGGCGGAGGCUAUGCGUCCAUCCCUGGCAUUCCCAUUGCCCCGGAACCUACUGGAGGCAUCAAAGUCCCAGUGUCACAAAGCAGCGAGGAGUGGAAGGACAGGGGCGCGGCGGUCAGCAUGCGCAAGGAGGUGGAUGCAAACGGAAAGACCGUGAUGAAGCCGGUAAAGAAGGGCGUUCGGGAUUUCUCUUUUGGCAGAAUCCUUGGUGAGGGUUCUUACAGUACCGUCUACCUCGCAACCGAUCGCCAAACCCUGAAAGAGUACGCCGUCAAAGUCCUUGAGAAGAGGCAUAUCAUCAAGGAAAAGAAGAUCAAGUACGUCAACAUUGAGAAGGAUACGCUCAACCGCCUGACGGAACACCCUGGUAUUGUCCGUCUAUACUACACCUUUCAAGACGAGAGCUCCCUGUAUUACGUUCUGGACCUGUGCACCGGUGGAGAACUUCUUGGCGUAUUGAAGAAGACGGGGACGUUUGACGAAGAAUGCACGAGGUAUUUCGGUGCUCAGAUUUUGGACGCUAUUGAGUACAUGCACUCUCGUGGCGUGAUACACCGCGACCUCAAGCCCGAGAACGUGCUCCUCGAUGAGCAAUUGCAUGUCAAGAUUACUGAUUUUGGCACGGCACGACUAUUGACAGACCCGAGGUCGCCAAAGCCACAACAACCCCCCAGGCUGGACGACCCGAGCGGGAAGAACAAGGCGUCAGAUGACAACAGGGCGGACUCGUUCGUCGGUACAGCCGAAUACGUCAGCCCUGAACUUCUCAAGGAUAGGAACGCUUGUAAGGCUAGUGACUUGUGGGCUUUCGGAUGCAUGAUAUAUCAGAUGCUGGCUGGCCGACCGCCAUUUAAGGGGGGCACGGAGUGGUUGACUUUCGAAAAGAUCAUCAACCUCGAUUACGAAUUUCCCCAGGGAUUCCCACCGGCAGCGCGCGAUCUGGUCGAGCGGCUGCUCGUCCGCGACCCGUCACGAAGGCUGACGAUCGAGCACAUCAAGAACCAUGAGUUUUUCGAUGGGCAAACCUUCGGCAAAGGCCUCUGGCGGACGAAAGCGCCUCGUCUCCGCCCCUACGUCCCGCCUACGCCGGAGGCCAAGAUCAUCCAGUUGAACGGACAAUCCAAUGCGGCCCAGGCCAUGUCCAGACUGGCCCCGAGUUCGAGCAACGGCGCAUCGCGCACACCCGGCAGAAUCAUUACAGACAUCCCACCUCCGUCACAACUGGACAUCGAAUGGUCGCCAGUUUUGACCAAGACGAAUGAGAGGAUACUGAGGCUCGGUGAUUUGUUAAUUCUAUCAGCACCGAUACCCAACAGCCCGCACGCCAAGAACGGCGGCGACGAGGGCCAUAGAAAGUUUGCACGGUUCUUCGGUGGGAGCACGACUAAGAAGAGACAGCGAUUGGUUAUGAUCACGUCGAGCGGUAGGAUAGUGCUGGCACCCGCGGGGGGAGAAGAAAAGAAGGCGAAGCAGGAGAUCUCACUCCUGGCGCCCGACAGCGCUUGGCGAACACAGAUAGACGCCAAGGGGCAGACAGUGUGGUGUGUAGACUCGUACGGAGUCCACUACACGUUUGAAGAGCCCAAAGCAGCCAACUCGCUGGACUCUUCGCGGCCGACGGCCGACGACUGGCUCGAGUGUUUGGAACAAGCCAAGGAUAUGGCCAUGUCCCAAAACAUGGCCGGAGCCUACAAUGGCGACAAUGGGUUUAGUGAGAUGUCGUCCUCCAUGUCUAGCCCGGCCAGCACCUUUGGCGGUAACAACGCCUACUCGGAAGGCUUUGGGAUCAGCGACCGGUCGCAGAGACAUCACCUGAGCAAGAGCCAGCUCAGCCUCGAAGACACGUCCAACACGACGAAGAGGAAUCGGUUCAGCAAGCGGCAGUCCAAGCAAGGACUUGGCUCAGCCUUCUAG